CCAACACUUCAUUUUUGAACUUCUCAACUCCCGCAAACCUCCCUUAGCCGUGCGCACAUCCGGUGUUUCUAGGUCUCGACGCACGGUCAUACUAGCCUUCCCGAUUCUCAGCCUUCCUUCGAGUGAAGAGAUCCGAAUGGCCUUUCAUCCUAUCAUCUGAUAUCGCCUUCGAGUUCGGUGCGCAAAAUCUGCACGUUUUCUGCAGGUUCCCUUUGUCUCAUGCGCUGUGCAUGAGACUAGUUUCAGUCAAACGGUGGUACAAGACACAACAAAAGAUACACUGUCGUUCCUUUUGAUACUUCGGUCUACUUCGGGAUUCUUUUAGUUCAGCUCAUCGCAAUCAAACAACAUACCACAAUAAUGCCCUCCUUGUUUCUACAAAUACUCCUUCUCGCUAUCGCGGAAUUUACGACAGCUUCUCCUGAUGCGUCAGGGAGCUGCGAUUCAGGCUUCACCAUUUGUGCUCCUCCUGGCGCCUCAUCAGCCAUCACCCCACAAAUCGGCAGCCCAGACUUCCAGAACCUCUUCGUUGAUAUAAUCCAAUCUUCCCUACCAGCAAGCAAACGAUCCUUACCCCAUUUCGUUCGGAGCUCUACUUCACUAUGUUGCAAUGCUCACCUCUCUUGUCUCAUGAUGGCAACGCUCGCCUUGCCUUUCUGUUAUGACAAAUUCACCACGAACUUCUUUCUUCCGGAUGGUAGCACUGGAACGGUCGUUGGUGGAGCUUACAAAUCCGCUGGAGGAGAUGUCGCCAAUCUCGAAACUGGAGACUACACUCUUGUCGAUGGGCAAACUGGAAACAUUUACUCGGCGAACCCAGCUGCCAAACCAAAUACCGCCACACUCCCCAUGCCAAGUCAAUUCACUGCAUCUGGCGUGGGCUCGGCCAUUCCCAUUGCCUCCUUGGGAAGUGAGAUUAUCCUCACUUAUACCACGACAUUGCCCGGAACCACCAUUCUCGCUUCGACUCUCCCUCCAUCCACGGCACCAGGGACUACCAGUACCGAGACUAUUCCCCUUCCAACCACUACCACAAUCUCUGCUACUGGGACUAGUCCGAGUCUUACCGUAGGAGUUGUUACGUCUUAUUCGGUUGUCGAUGUGUCACCAAGCACAAUUCCGGGGAGCACGCUGUCUGGAAGUACCAUCGCUGCGACUGUGGCAACCAUUACAACGACCGAAUUCAGUGCUUUGCCUGCUUCCUCGACUCCGAGUGCUUCGACGACGAAGAAGAAUGGCGGGACUAGGGUUUCAAUGAAUGACAGAAGAUGUUGGGUCAUAGGAAUCGUGCUUCUAUUGCUGUUUUGAGCGCAAGACUUGGGGAUAGGUCGAAGUAUCAUUUAAACUUUUCCUGCUGCGUUGCGUUUCAUGAAGAUGAUUCAAAUUGCUCAAUCCAAGUCUCGGAAUUACUACCUUCAUCCUAAACUUCCAUGCUAAAUCAUUCCAAUGCUAGGUUGUUCUCAUCCGUAGAUUUAGUUUGUUCCUAAGGCCGAGUUAGUAAGCUUUGGUAAUGUUGCUUUCUCGACAAUACAGGUGCCUGAAGGCAUAACUUUCCCGAAAACUUGGACUUGAUGUGAUUCCUAAACUGCAGGUGUUGACAGACAGGAAAGGUGGAAACUUGGAAGAAAGCGAUAAUUCAUUCUCAUUCGAAAGACG